GGACGUCGAUUGACGGACAGCUGCGCUGUGCAAUCUGCAAGAAAUACUCCGUGACGUUUUACCGGAGGCGUGACAGGGUGUGUCUGAGGAUUACAGCCAAGGUGUGAUCCGCACCUGAAAAUUCCACAAAUUUGCCGGCUUUUACCAGAGGCUGAGAAUGGGUGAUGUGGCGAAGGGUAAGAAGGUGUUUAAGCAGAAGUGCUCACAGUGCCACACGGUGGACGAAGGGGGGAAGCACAAGGUGGGACCCAACCUGCACGGUCUCUUUGGCCGCAAGACUGGCCAAUCACCAGGCUUCUCCUACACACAGGCCAACAUCGAUAAAGGUAUAAUCUGGGGUGAGAAGACCCUCCAGGAGUACCUGAAGAGUCCGAAGAAGUUCAUCCCAGGAACGAAGAUGAUCUUCUCCGGGAUCCGCAAGAGGAAGGAACGGGACGACCUGGUGGCCUACCUGAAGGAGGCCACCUCCUCCUAGAGGCUCCGCCCCUUACCUGCCCACACACCUGACCACACACCUGAAGGAGGCCAGCGCCUCCUAGAGGCUCCGCCCCUUACCUGACCACACACCUGAAGGAGGCCAGCUCCUCCUAGCUCCGCCCCUUACCUGACCGCACACCUGACCACACACCUGACCACACACCUGCCCACACACCUGACCACACACCUGCCCACACACCUGCCCACACACCUGACCACACACCUGACCACACACCUGCCCACACACCUGACCACACACCUGACCACACACCUGACCGCACACCUGACCGCACACCUGCCCACACACCUGACCACACACCUGCCCACACACCUGACCACACACCUGCCCACACACCUCACCACACACCUCACCACACACCUCACCACACACCUGUGUUAUCAUUAUUUAUUUUCAGAGAAAAGAAAAUUUUUUAGGAGACAAGCAUAGAUUUUAAUAUUGUUCUGGUUUUCUGUUAUUUUCUUUUUAUUUAUCCAUGCUUAAACAAGAUUAAUUUCUGCUUUUAUUACUGUUGUGAAUCAGUGGGCAUUUGUGAAUAUUUCAUUUAUCACUCAAUCUCAAAGUUUAAGAAAAAAUAAAAUUGUCUUUUAAAGGUACAAAAGGUAAUUUCGGACUUUCGGUCAAGAGAGGAAUAGCAGCAACAAACAUGAUGACCACAACACUGUUUAUCCCUCCCCCUUCUCUGUGAAUGUGCUGACAUUGAAAUGCCAUUGGCUGUGGCAGUUAGACCCAAUUUUCAAGCAAUAAGCUUCAAUUAUUGUGCAGUUAUACAAGUGUCGGGCUGUCAACUUUAUAUUUUGAAACCCGAAUUUAAUGAUAGGAAGGGAUUUACAAUAGUCUUGUAACAAUGUUUUAACACAAAAAUCUUACCUAUUGUACCGUUAAUGCCACUGGAGAGGGCGCGGUGGCCUGGAUGUUUACUUUUAAACUCCGGUCCUGGAGGGGGCGCUGUGGCCUGCAUGUUUACUUCUAAACUCCGGUCCUGGAGGGGGCGCUGUGGCUUGCAUGUUUACUUUUAAACUCCGGUCCUGGAGGGGGCGCUGUGGCCUGCAUGUUUACUUUUAAACUCCGGUCCUGGAGGGGGCGCUGUGGCCUGCAUGUUUACUUCUAAACUCCGGUCCUGGAGGGGGCGCUGUGGCGUGCUGUAUUUAAUCCUCAUUUACUUGGCCUUGGAUGUCUACUGCUGGCAUGUCAUCUUUUGAAAAUAUUUUUUUAACUAUACAAUUAAGAGUAUUUUUCUUUUGACCCAUGUUUGUGUACAUAAGACUGUGGUCACAUGAAUCCUAAAUGCUGAGGUGAUUGUGUCCUCUGUGAGCGUGUUUGAUCAUGGUGGCGUUUGGUGAUUUGUAUGACUCUGUUCUUAUAUUUUACUCAUCUACAUUAUUAAUGUACCAGGCUUUACACCACUAUUGCCUGCAGACAAUAGCAUCAUAAAGUUAGCUGUUUCACUUUAUAAUGCUCAUACACUCAGUGAGCAAUUUAUUAGGUACACCUGUCCAGAAGCUUCAUAAUCAGCCGAUCAUGUGGCAGCAACUAAAUGCAUGAAAACAUGCAGAUGUGGUUGAGAGGUUCACCUGUUUUUCAGGCCCAAUGUCAGAAUGGGGAAGAAAUGUGAUCUAAGUGACUUUAACAUGGAAUGAUUGUUGGUGCCAGACAGGGUGGUUUGACUGCUCACCUGGAAUCACAGCAGUCUCUAGAGUUUGCUGAAAGUGGGCAUUAGUUCUGCAGGCAAAAAAAGCCUGUAAAUGAGAGACAUCAGAGGAGAAGGGCCAGACUGCACAAGGCUGACAGGAAGGUGACAGUAACGCAAAUAACCACACAUUACAAGGGUGGUAUGCAGAAGAGCAUCUCUGAACACACAGAACAUCAUACCUCUAAGUGAAUAGGCUACAGCAGCAGGAGACCAAUAAGUCUAAGAAAUACCUAAUAAAGAGCUCACUGAUUGUACAUUCAUAAUUUAAAACGCAUUAUUACUUUUAGGACAGAACUUUGCCUGUAAUCCUACAGAUUUGUGUGAGUAGGUGGGUGUGGCCUUGUGAAAAGUGAAAAGAUGUCGAACCAAAUACCUUUGUGUGGAAACAGCCCUGUACCUAACCCUAACCCAGCAACACUGACCUAACCCUAACCCAGCACUCUGACCUAACCCUAACCCAGCACUCUGACCUAACCCUAACCCAGCAACACUGACCUAACCCUAACCCAGCACUCUGACCUAACCCUAACCCAGCAACACUGACAUAACCCUAACCCAGCACACUGACAACCCUAACCCAGCACUCUGACCUAACCCUAACCCAGCACUCUGACCUAACCCUAACCCAGCACUCUGACCUAACCCUAACCCAGCAACACUGACAUAACCCUAACCCAGCACACUGACAUAACCCUAACCCAGCACUCUGACCUAACCCUAACCCAGCACACUGACAUAACCCUAACCCAGCACUCUGACCUAACCCUAACCCAGCACACUGACAUAACCCUAACCCAGCAACACUGACAUAACCCUAACCCAGCACUCUGACCUAACCCUAACCCAGCACACUGACAUAACCCUAACCCAGCACUCUGACCUAACCCUAACCCAGCACACUGACAUAACCCUAACCCAGCACACUGACAUAACCCUAACCCAGCACAUUGACAUAACCCUAACCCAGCACUCUGACAUAACCCUAACCCAGCACUCUGACCUAACCCUAACCCAGCACACUGACAUAACCCUAACCCAGCACUCUGACCUAACCCUAACCCAGCACACUGAGCCCAGCUGCGAGAGGGGCUGCUGGGAAUUGUAGUCCUGGAAGCAGGUGUCACAGCCUCUUGCUGCAGGCUGUCCUCCAGGUCUGCGGUGUUGGCAGUUGGAUUCACCUCAGAUGUCGCAUAGACCUGUUUCUUUUCUGGGUGUUUCUGUUGUUCUCCUCGAUUACUCAUCAUCCCUGUUGCUGGGCGGAACUUAGAGACUCCAGUGAGAAUUCCUCCUGUUCACUGUUUUAUAAGCAGUGAGUUUAUCUGUUGUCAUGGUGACCGUGAUCAGACAAGUGUCACAGGUAAAGAGCUAUUUGUUUAUUGUUUAUUUUUUCAACACGCAUCACACAGUGUCUGCAGGUUUAACCCCUUUAAUAAGCACUGAAGGGGAGCACCCAAAUAAAUUAUCUUUUUUUUGGCA